GCGCAUGCGCAAAUCCCCGGCGGUCUCGCGCGGGGUGCGUGUCGCGUUAAGGCCUUCGCUCUUCCGGCGCGUCGUGCGGGCAUCUCCUCGGUCGAGGCCGGUUCGGUAGAAGAAGGUCUCCUGCGGCGGCGGCGUCGGUCGGGGUUCGGAAGGGCUAGAAGAAGAAGCCUCGAGCGGGUGACAGGCGGGCGGGAUGUCGGGGCCUACGGGAGGUUCGGCGGGCUCGGCCCGAAAGCGGCUGCUGAAGGAGGAGGACAUGACCAAAGUGGAGUUUGAGACCAGCGAGGAGGUGGACGUCACCCCCACCUUCGACACCAUGGGCCUCCGCGAGGACCUCCUGCGCGGCAUCUACGCCUACGGUUUUGAGAAGCCUUCAGCUAUCCAGCAGAGAGCUAUCAAACAGAUCAUUAAAGGAAGAGAUGUGAUUGCACAAUCACAGUCUGGAACAGGCAAAACAGCAACGUUUUCCAUCUCCGUUCUACAGUGUCUGGACAUCCAGGUUCGUGAAACGCAAGCAUUGAUAUUGGCACCUACCAGAGAAUUGGCAGUACAGAUUCAGAAGGGGCUUCUUGCUCUUGGUGACUACAUGAAUGUCCAGUGUCAUGCUUGUAUUGGUGGGACCAACGUUGGUGAAGACAUCAGGAAGCUGGAUUACGGACAGCAUGUUGUUGCUGGCACACCGGGGCGUGUAUUUGAUAUGAUCCGUCGCAGAAGUCUAAGAACUCGUGCCAUCAAAAUGUUGGUUUUGGAUGAAGCUGAUGAAAUGCUCAAUAAAGGUUUUAAAGAGCAAAUUUAUGAUGUGUACAGAUACCUUCCUCCAGCAACACAGGUGGUUCUGAUCAGUGCCACCUUGCCACAUGAGAUAUUGGAGAUGACCAACAAAUUCAUGACUGACCCCAUCCGCAUUCUGGUCAAGCGUGAUGAGUUGACGCUAGAAGGGAUCAAACAGUUCUUUGUGGCGGUGGAGAGGGAAGAAUGGAAGUUUGAUACAUUGUGUGACCUGUAUGACACACUCACCAUCACACAGGCUGUCAUCUUCUGUAACACCAAGAGAAAGGUUGACUGGCUGACUGAGAAGAUGAGAGAAGCAAACUUCACUGUUUCAUCCAUGCAUGGUGACAUGCCCCAGAAGGAAAGGGAGUCCAUCAUGAAAGAAUUCAGAUCUGGGGCAAGCCGAGUUCUUAUUUCUACAGAUGUUUGGGCUAGAGGUUUGGAUGUUCCUCAGGUGUCCCUGAUUAUUAACUAUGACUUGCCAAACAACAGAGAAUUGUAUAUACACAGGAUUGGUAGAUCAGGCCGCUACGGCCGGAAAGGUGUCGCCAUCAACUUUGUAAAGAAUGACGACAUCCGUAUUCUGCGAGACAUUGAGCAGUACUAUUCCACUCAGAUUGAUGAAAUGCCCAUGAAUGUUGCUGACCUUAUUUGAAGGAACAGGAUGGACUGAAGACUUUUAGCUGUGAUUUGUUACAGCACCGGCUGCUGUUCACGGCUUCUUAUCUUAAGACCAGGUUGUUGUAACUCUAAAAUAGCUAUAUGUACAUCUGAUUCAAUUAGGCCUGUACUUCUGAAUAUGGUUCUGAAAGAUCAGAGUUGGUGAAAAGCAUAUUGGAAGCAGCUACAAGUUUGUGGUGAUAUUUUUUUAAAAAAAACAUUGUCAUUGUGGGAAUACCCUAAAUGUAGAAAACUGUCUUUUUAAUUUUCUUGAUGGAAACUGUAAAAGUAGCAUCUCUGUAAAUAAGGUGUUCAUUGUCAUCCUGCCUGCUACUAUCUUUUUUUUCUGAUUAAAACAAUGAAGUUUUCAUAUAAAUUCCUUGUCAGCUGAAUGGCAACUGGUGCUUUAGAACAAGUUGUUCUGGUGUUAUGCCUCUCAAACAGGGUCAAAUGAUUUUUAAUUAGCAAAUGAAGAGGUCAGUUUAAAUGAAGUUUCUGAUGAUGCUAUUUUAUAUAUUUUCUAAUUAAAGGUGCAGUGCAAGGGAAUGCACUGUAGACAUUUUCAUGCUUU